AUAGGCAGCGUACCGACGCUGGCAGUCAUGGCUGUGUAUUUCAGAGCUUACUUUGAAAGGUACUAGGGACAGUAAUAUAAUAUAUUACUACAAUAAAUGUACAUGACAAGUUAUGUGACCUAAAAUGAAAUCAUUUUAGAAUGCUGGAGCAAUAACAAGUCAUUAUGUCCUACAAAGGAUUUGGAUAUAUUGUGGAUUCCUGUCCCCUUAGUAAAGCAAAUACAACAGAGGCAGCUUCCAAACUGAACUGUAUUAAUGACGUGUUUGGACGUAGUCAGUAUGUCUGUGUUCCCAAUGAAAACCUGACAGCUGUUGUAGAAUUCUGUUAUACAAAGUCUAUUGUUGGACUCUAUCAGGCUGGGUAUUGUCUGAAGACAAUAAAAGAUGGAUAUCUGGACCAGAUCAGCUGUAAAAACUUCACGGAAGGUUGCCCAACCGCGCCUUACAGAAGUACAGAGCUUUAUAAAUAUCCAGCUUGCAGUCGUCUUAACACGGAGUUCCGAUGUUUUGCUGCUGAUUCCUUGUGUGUUUCGUAAGUUUUUUUUAACAAAA